GUGUUUUUAAAUUUCCUCAUAAAUCAUUUCCGAUGGUAACUUGGAUAGUGAUUUACGAUAUUGUGAGAUAGCUGAAUUUGAGCUCUAUUAUCUGAGAAUUUGUGAAUAUUUUCAAUUAUAAAGUAUAUUUUUUGUUUGUUUAACAGUUGUGCUUAUAAAUAGUCAAUUCAAAAUAUUUUGUAAGCUAUAAAUCAUCCUGCCUUAAGGCGAUCAAAAUGGACGUCAGUGUAUGUAUCAAUUAAUUACUCUGGAAAAAUACUUCAAAGUAAAAUGGAAACUGUAAAUACGCAGUUGAUUUCAAAAGCGAUCAAUUUCCAUGGACAACAGUUGCAAAAAUUAUGGGAAGGCGAAUUUGGAGAAAAUGAUUUGACGAGAAGAAAUAUAAAGGACUUGAAUUACAAUGUCUACGCCCAAAGACAGAAGAACCUUUCAUUUCAGGAUAGAGGUAAAAGACUGAAACUUCAACAGUUUCUAGUCAAAAAGGGAAACUUAAUAUACAGUUUGGAUGCAACACAAUUGAAACCCACUAAAACAGUGACUGAAGAUAUGUACGCCAUUAUGCCACCGUUUGAGACUUACACUAGUGUGGACAAACAGAAAAGGGUACAAUUUUUCAUGCAGAACGUCAAAGUGGGUGAUUUGAUUUUGGGUGCCAUUGUGAGCAAGCAACAAUCAGGGAUGAUGUUGAAAGUUUUGUGUACUGCUGGAACCUCCGCCAUCUUGUAUGCUGCAGAUAUAAACAUAAAGGCUUUUUGUCCUGUUGCUAAUGUCAUUCCUGCGGUUGAUAAAAAAGGAGUAGCGCGCAGCUAUAUGAUGAAUGACUAUGUUUGUUGCGAAGUGCUUGAAAUUAUAGCUGACACUGAUAAAGUUGUUUGUGGUAUGAAGGGAGUUACAAGGAAACCUACAGAUCCGGAACAUCAACCUGCUUUAGGGCUUAUUAGUAAUGACGAUUUCCCUAUUGUAUACAAAAAAGCGUCGGAUUACAAGAAUGAAUCAUACGACAGUGUAUUAGAGAAGAGCAUCGGGUUCAAUAACCCAAAUAACAUUCAAUAUCUAUCCGAGAUCAUGGGUACUGACAAGCAUCUGAGUUUCCUAUCAGGAUUAAAGUACAAAUUCCCCGAUAACGAAUACGCCGGUGAAUUGAGACAAGUACAGGCGAGUAAAUGGGCGUACCGGAAUGUAGCUGACGGUAUAGAUCAUUUCAAAGCUGGAAAUCACGUUGAAGCGUUUCAAUGUCUUAAUAAAGCGCUUAAUAUCGAUCCGAAGAACGUCGAAGGUCUCGUAGCUAGAGGCGCUCUUUACGCAAACAGUGGUAAUUUCCAAAAAGCAAUAGAAGAUUUCGAAACGGCGUUGAAAUUGAAUCAAAGCCACGCGAACGCUAGAAAAUAUAUGGGAGAGACUUUGGUGGCUCUAGGAAGAAGUUAUGAGGAAGAAAAUAAAAUAGAGGAAGCUAGAAAAGCUUAUCAGAGUUGUUUGGGUAUCAUUCCGUAUCACGAAGAAGCUCAGAAUUCUUUGGAAUUUUUGAAAAGUAAAACACAACCGAAAAAUCUUAUAGAACCGGCCGAACUUUUGUUGCCGGCCUUGAACGUUUCCUCGAAAACUACCGAUGUCAACGAUGCCCUGAAACAGCUUUUGAAAAACGACGAAGACGAGAAAAAAGAGAAAAAGAAGAAGAAGAAAAGUAAGAAACGUAAGAAUAGGAAGAGGUCGAGUUCUAGUUCCAGUUCUAGUUCGUCUGGUAGCGGAGAAUCUUCUUCUAGUUCAUCGAGUAGCAGUAGCGAUUCUAGUUCGAGUUCUGGCGAUUCGGAUUGCAAGAAAAAAAAGAAACAUCGUUCGAGAUCGCACAGACGUAAAGAACGGGAGAAUUCUUUGAGUCCUUUGAGUAAAAGGAUGGCUCUGAUGGAUCAGAGCCACGAAACCCCGAAUGCCGGUUAUAAUUUCAAUAAACCCGCCGUCAAUACCACUUUUGAAUUUAGUUUCGAAAAAUCCGAGCAAGCUAAACCAGUUGAGAACGAUUACGAAUCUAAAGUGCGCACGUUUUUGGCCGAAACCAAGGGCGAUUCAGAUUACGAAGAUAAAGUUAGAAAAUUCUUGGAGGAGAGCGCCAAAUGGAAGAAAGGCAAAACCGACGAUAAAAAGAAGAAGAAAAAGAAAGAUAAGAAAGCGAAAAAGGAGAGCAAGAAAAAAUUGAAGAAGGAAAAGAAGAAGAGGAAACAGAGUUUCGAUCUUAGCGAAUUGGACGAGGCGAAGAAAUGGAGAGACGCCCUUAAGAAGGAAUUGAAUAAGGAGAAGAAGAAUAAAAGGCAUACUAUACCGUCAGACGAGGAGGAAUACUUUUUGCAGAAGUCCGGUUACAGCAAAAAAUUUAUAGAUAGUUUACCAGAUUUAGAAGAAUUAGAAUCAAAAUUAAAUGCUUAUUAUGCCCUAGAAAAGGAAAAUAAACGCGGUAAGGAGCGUAGCGAAAGUCCCGAGAAGCGCAUCAUAGAUUCGCCGUCUCCUACGAGGGAGCAGAAGGCGCGUCAGGCGGUGGCCGAGGCGGCGGCUUCCGCUGGAGCGCAAAAGUGGAAAAUGCAAAUAGGCCCAGGCACGUCCGGUAAUUCGAGACUCAAAAAGAAACCCGAAAGACAACCGCCGCCGGCCCCACCCGAUUGGCAACUAGAAAGGGAAAGAGAAAAACGAGGCAAAAGUAGUUCCGCUGCGGAGGAUUCUCCUCCACAGAAAAAAUUAUCUUCGUUGCCGCCCCUACCUCCCGCAGAAAAAGCUGUAAGCGUUCGUAAAGCGAUGGCGCUCAAAGAACCGCCUCCCAAAAAACCGGAAUCGCCUAAAAAGUUGAAACUUACCCCGGCACCGCCAUUGCCCAAAAUACCGCAAGGGCAGGUGGUGCUCGAUAAAUUUGGAAACUUUAGACUUAUGACGCCUCCAAAGGCAGAACCGUCAAUCAGUCGCAGACCGCCUGAACCGCCGGGUAGGCCGCGUAGCGAUAGCCGAUCGCCGAAACGACGCAGCAGAAGUCGCAGUAAAUACAGUAGAUCGUCGAGCGGUUCGAGAUCGCGUUCGCGCAGCUACCGCUCGAGAUCGAGAAGUUAUUAUAGCAGAUCGAGAUCUCGAAGCGGUUCGUAUUAUUCGCGUAGCCGCAGCAGGUCGCGCAGCUAUUCCGGCGAUAGGAGACGGUAUAAUAGACGUGGAGGUUUCAGAGGUAGACACCUCAACGAUAGAGGAACUUAUUACAAACCGAGGUUCCAGACACCAAGGCAUAACGGUCAAAGAGGUAGAGGUGGCAAUUAUUAUAAUAAUAGGGAUUCCAGGUAUCUGGAUCGAGAUUAUCGGGGUAGAGGACGACCUUAUUCUUAUCAGAAUAGGGGUAAUAGACGACAACAGAGAGGUAGAUACGGACAGAGAGGUGGAUAUAGAGAUUAUAGGGAUAGAGAUAGAAGAUACUCGAGGAGUAGGUCGCGCGAUCGUGAUCGUAGCAGGUCGUACAGCGGUAGCGGUUCGGAUACUUCCCCGCCGCCGGCGAAACGAGAUAAAUCCUCCCCGCCGCCGGAUAAAGAGAAGAUUAAUAAAUAUUCGGACGGAGAUGCUCCAGUUCGACACGAAGGACCGCUUUCCGAAGGGGAAGAUAGGGAUGAUUAUAUCAGCACCGAUACCAAUAAAUUGAUCGAUAGAGAAAUGGGAGGUAAAUGGGCGGAUAAAGAUACAGAAAAUUCGGCCGUAGAGGAAGUUAAAGAGGAAGCUUUAAAUGAAUCCGGAGAAGUGAAAGAUGAUUAAAUCGAAAGGUUUGUCGAGUUUAUUUUAUUUGUAGAUUUUCGGCACAGUACCGUGUGGCAAAAACAAAUUGUUAUUAUAAAUGUUCUACUAUAAAUGCCUUUUUAUAAGUUGGAUUAGUAUAAAUCGUGUUUAUAAUUUGUAUUGCUCCAGUACAUUAAAUAUUAAGUCAAUUGGAUAAA